AAAAAGUUUAUUUGAUAUGUCCAAAUCUAAUGAAAACUUACCAAAAAAAAAAAAUGAAAAUUUUCAAAAAAUUGCUGUUGAACAUUUGUCAAAUAACUUAAAUGAACCGUGGGCCAGCCUUAGUCCAAGUCAAAACGAAUCGCUGCAUGAAAUAAGCUCAAGUUUUAUGGACAGCUUUUCGCAUCAAGGGUCAAAUAAUGUGCACACGGUAAUCGAGCAUAAUGUGACACAGGGGUUAAUGGAACUUAAAUCAAUCACGAGUUGUAAUGCAUCCAACAAAGAGGCCAUCAUGAGCUUCAUCGUGCCAAAGGUCAUGGCUCAACUCGAGAGCCCGAGUGCACUCACCGAAGAGCUGCAGACAAUCAAAACCGACCUCAAGACGUGCAAACUUUAUUUGGGCGAAGUUAAUAAGGAUUUGGCUGAUAUAUUUCUGGAUUUGCAUUAUAUAUACAAAAAGCUUGAAGUCAAGAGUAAGAAAAACUUGACGUUGAGCAAGAAACAUCGUGAGAGAUUGUGGAAAAGUGCCCACGAAGCGGAGACCUUCCAGGAGCGUAGUAAGCAUUUUCUUUCCAAUGAUCCCCGAGAGUUGAUUGCCAUGUUUGAGGCACCCAAAGAGCAGCCAAACUACUGAUCAGGGACUGAGCUGGAUAAGGAUUCCCUUCCUUCAAUCCCUUAACAAGAAGGACAACGGAAAACAUAGGGUGAGAGAGAGAGAGAGAGAGAUAGAUCCAUUAAAAGCAAUUCGGCAUUUGUAGCUUUUAGGGCUGAUUUUAAAAGAUACCACAAACAAAUGAAGUUGUCACCGGCUGCUGCCAAUAGUCCCCAGUCCAGUCCCAGAGUCAGAGGCAGAGGCAGACGCAGACCGCGAAAAUUUGCAUCGGAAAACGGAAAGUUGAGCCAAAGGAAAGCUCGACUGGUACUGCCUGCAGAGUGCAGCAUUCCAACUAACGAAUAGUCUUUAAUCUUCUUAAGUGCGAUGGUCCGGUAUGGCAAUGGUCACAUCUGUUGGACCGGGCCCGGAGCUGGACCUGUCAUCAAAAGACAAUGAGUGUGAGAGUUUGGUAAUAAGCCAGGCCAAGGAGUAAGCAAGUCAACGAGCUUUUAAAUGGUUAAACCACGAAAUAAGAUCCACAAAUACACCUGA